AUGGCCAAUGGCGACUCCAACAACACGAGGGCAGGCACCAUGAAAGCAGGCGGUGCAGCAGAAGACUCCAGCCUCCCGCCUCCCACCUUCCCUCGCUCUAUGAAGCGGUACUUUUCGUCCUUUACCCGGCCCAAGUCCACCAGCAGCUCAAGGAGGGCCUCUCAGCUAUCCGACUCCGGCUUCUCGACUCUCAGCUCAUCCUCGGCGCCCCCUACCUACGAGGACACGCAAGCGGCAACCGCCAGGCUGAUCGCGGUCUGGGACGCCGACGACUACAUCAGGGCCUUCGUCGACGAGCACUGGUCCAACCACGCGGAACACAUCGAGGUCGACUGCAACAUCACCCUCGACGAGUUACGCACCCUCGGCAGGCUCCCGCCAGCUGAGGGGUCACGCGCCUGCCGCCCGCUGAUCCGCGCGCCUGUCAUCCACGAGGAGGUCGCCCUGUCGCUCUGGGAGCACCUCGCCGCGGAAGCACGGGGUCUUGACGCGGCGCCGGCGGAGGCCAGCAACCGAGAGGAGGCGAGCAGCAUGCCGACGACGUCCAUCCACUCCAAGUCCAGCAGAAGGGAAGUGGCGAAGAGGUUCCUCAAAAAGGGGACGACAAAAAAAUCAAGCCGUCGGCAACCGCAGGCGCAGGAGAGCAACACAUACGCCAACUUGACCUGCCCCUUUUGCUCCGGCCGCUGCCUCGUCAGCUCUGCCGCCCAGGCCGCCCACACACUAACCCAGCCGCCGCCGCACCAACAAGAAGAAGACUGGGAGGAGGGCUUUUGGCAGCGCGAGGAGCCACCAAGGUACCGCCGGUACGCGCAUUUCUCUGAGCCUCCGGCACAGGAGCAUAUGCGGCACUCGCGCCCCUCUGCUGGCAGUGGUGGUGCAGCCCGGCCCUCCAACACACCAGAAGCGGAGAACGGCGGCAGCAGGAAGAAGCGAGAAUGGCUGAAGAAAAAGACAGGGAGAGUGUCGGAGCCAUUCCGACUGGUCGCGCUGGUAAUACCGCAACCUUAUGUGUUUAUCGGUGCUAGUUGA